AUGAAGAGUAACGUAACAACGAUCGAUUCAAAUAAUAAUAACAAUCCCCAUCCUCGUCAUCAUCAUCACCAAUGGAAGAAGAGAAUCGCAAAGCAACAGCAGCUAGUAUCGUUAUCGUUAUCAAGAAAAGCACAAAUCAUAUCAAUGCCUACUGCCGAUCGUAAUGUUAAUCAGGAAAAUAUUUCUCUAAGUAGCCAACAACAACAAAUACCAAUGAGAAAUCCGCUAUCAUGGAGAAAACGCUGGUCAAAAUGGUUUUCUGCAUGCAGCUCCGAACGGUCAAUUCAUGUGCAGACCAAUUCAAGAACAAUAUCAACAGAAUUAUUUCAUACCACAAUACACAUGCUUGAUUUGACCUUUUACGCUACACAUUUGUUUCUCAUUAGAUCCUAUGGAUUAUGUCANCAGUUUCCCACCACCCAACAAGAGCCUGUCUAUGCAAACACUCAAUCACUUUAUGAUAACAUACUCUAUCCAGAAUCAUCAUCACUAAAUAAACUAACAAAUCGCAAUGAAAAGAAAUCGUGUGCUUCACAAACGCAACUAACAUGGACAAUGGCAACAUUCUCCUCGUUUGUUGAUUUAGAAAAUCAAUCGGUUAUUAUUCAACAGCCCGAUCCGACAACGCUGUACUCAGUUGUUCGACAUCAACCAAUUAGUGAGCCGCCACCAUCGGCAUCUCCCGCAACAGUAGAACAAAUGAGAAGAAUGUCACCCAAUUUGCGAUAUAUGGAUGAUGCUACUUCUCCAUCGCGUUGUCAACGUUCGCAUACUCCAACAACACCAUCUCGAAUGGUCAUGAUUGAAAAGCGCGAUGGUUCUUUUCAAACACUAUUAACGAUCGCUCCAAGUGAAGACAUCGAUUCAAACAAAGCACGAGCGUAUCCUGAUUCGUCUCCGUCACCAUUAUCAACCGGUUCAUCUUCGACUACCGAUCCUCAUCAUCAACAUCACCAUCGCCAUCGACGACACAAAUCACGUAGUAAUACAAGUCGGAGUAACAUCAGUACACGUGACGUUGGCCUGCAAGUAAAUAUUCAAACGGUGAAGAAAAUUACCUUUUCAUCACAGAAGAGUGAUGAUUCAUCAUCAGUGACAACAUCGACCUCAUCGCCACCAACAAUAAAAACGACACGCGAAUUGAAACAUGUUCAAACUAACACAGAAAGCUCUACACCGAGUAGACAAGAUCGAAGUACAUCGUAUGAAAAAAGUCUCAACAUGAUAACGUCGUCAGCACAAACACUCGAUUCGCCGAUCAAUGGUCAUCGUCAAACCAAAGCUGCUCAAACACCGCCCAAGUCUUUACGUGACCAAUCAACUGAAACCAAUAAUCAAGGUUUAUUUGUUUGCGAUCUUAGCUCAUUCUUGAAAAAUGGUACCGAGGAUGUGCCGUCAACAUUAACACCAAAGCGAAAAGUUUAG